AUGUCAGACACACAAGCAGCAAUUUUCAGUGCUCUGGGCAUUGCAUUCUGCUUUUCCCUUAAUUUGAUACCUAUAAAAUCUCUCCUUAGAGCGAAGAAAACAAAAGAUUUAAAAGAAAUCUCCCAACUCUAUCUUCUUGUAUCAGCAUUCAACUAUGCUUCAUGAUUAUCAUAUGCAAUCAAAAUGAAUCAAACAGGAAACUGAAUAAAUAAUUCGAUAUGCUUGAUUUUAGAUUUAUCGUGAGUUAUUUUUUAUCACGUUAUAAAAAGUGAUUGGAAAUCAUUUGUUCCAAUUUUUAUCAUCCUGCUUGGAUGCAUAGAAGUUGCGUUAUUUAUGCUAUUUCCUGCUUAUGUUAUAGGAUUUUUUGCUAUCGCAUGUGCUAUUAGUCUAUACGCAGCACCAAUAGAGCAACUUGGAUAUGUUUUCAAGCUAAAAGACCAUAAAUAUAUUGAUGUCUUAAUAACAUCUGCACUGAUAGUAACAGCAGGAUCAUGGCUGCUGUAUGGAGUUGCGGUAAAAGAUUGAAUAAUUAUAGGCCCAAAUAUUGCUGGAAUAGCUUUUGCAAUAUUUCAAGAAAUCGUUUAUUUCUGAGCACGUGGAGUGAUUCCAUGUCCUAUUUUUACUUGCCUUCAAAAUAAAAUGGCGAAGAAGCCACUGAUAACAAGUGAAGAAAAAUCAGAAGAAAUACAGAAAGACUUAGUUUAA